CUGGCAGUGACGUCACGUCCCCUGUUCCUGUUGACAGCAGAGCGCUUCCGGUCGAGCUGUGCUCCGCCGUGUUUUGGCAAAUAUCUGCGGAUCUGCUGCAGUUUGCGCGUCUGUUAUUGAUCACCGACUGACGGAGAGUGUCGAUAACCCCUCCUGCAGCGCGCGCUCGCCGUGAGCUGAUCGACCAGCGCGAAUGAUCUUCGGUUAUUGAUGAGUUAUUGAUCAGCGGCAGGAUGAGGAGGAGAGGCACGCGCACGAGCAGGAGAGAAACACGUGACCACAGCAGCGGCAGGUCGAGCAGCAGCUUCUGUCGGCUGUGUCACGGUAAGUUCUCGCGGCGGCGUCUGCUGCAGGCGUUUGCGCAGCUGCAGGGCGAGGCGUGCGGGGGGGUGUACCCGCUCUUCUGCGCAGACUUCCAGCAGCUGCUGGGCAUCCGCAUGGAGCGAGACCCCGCCCUCUCCCAGUUCAUCUGCACCGGCUGCCACGCCCAGUUCUACCGCUGCCACAGCAUCCUGCUGCAGUUCCGGAGCCGAGUCAACCUGACCCCGCCCACCGCACACAGCUAUAAUGACGCUGUUUCCUCCAGGAGCGGCGCUGAACACUCGUCCUCACAGGAGGACAUCAGCCUUAUCCGCUCUCAGAUGCCGUGGGACCGCCGCUGUCUGCUCAGCCUGGUGUCCUGGGCUCACGGUCACGCUGAGGGCUGCAGCUCCUGCCCCGGCCUGCAGGAGGUGCUGGAGGGUCCGUGCGGCGGCGCUCUGAGGGCGGUGUGGGGCUGCGGGGACGGACACAGCUACGUGAUGGACAGCGGCGCCGCUGCGUCCACACACACCACUGAAGAUCACACUGAUGAACACGCACAACCCACACACCAGCAGGGGGCAGCACUGAGCGGCAGCGACCCACUGAGAUCAGCCGAGCCACAGAAUCACAGCGACACACACGACACACAGUGCAGUGAGCAGACAGACGCUUCACUAACACCAGCGCCGGCAGAGGAUGCAGACAGUGAGCUCUCAGACAGGAACAUGCUGAGCGAUGAGGAGUGUGAAGAGCAGAGGAAGAGUGGAUCAUCUGAAGACUCUGAUCCACACACUGAUAAACGCUCCUCCAAGAGGAAAGAGACGAAGACUCCAGAGCCCAAAACCAGGAGGAAACCAGGACCCAAACCCGGCUGGAAGAACAGCAGCAAGUCUGAGCGAGAGGAGCUGCCGACUAUCUACAAGUGUCCUCAUCAGGGCUGUACAGCAGUGUACAGAGGGGCCGACGGCAUGAAGAAGCACAUUAAGGAGCACCAUGAGGAGGUGCGCGAGCGGCCCUGCCCUCACCCCGGCUGCAACAAGGUGUUCAUGAUCGACAGAUACCUGCAGAGACACGUCAAGCUCAUACACACAGAGGUCAGGAACUACAUCUGUGAUCAGUGCGGUCAGACCUUUAAGCAGAGGAAACACCUGUCAGUGCAUCAGAUGCGGCACUCCGGAGCCAAACCACUGCAGUGUGAGGUGUGUGGGUUCCAGUGUCGUCAGCGAGCGUCUCUGAAGUAUCACAUGACCAAACACAAGGCGGAGGCGGAUCUGGAGUUUGCGUGUGUGAUCUGCGGGAAACGCUUCGAGAAGGCGCACAACCUCAACGUACACAUGUCCAUGGUGCACCCGCUGAUGCAGAGCGCCGGCGCAACCGUUCCUGCGGACCCGCCGCUCACACACUCCUGACACACACACACACUCCAGUCUGAUGCACAGCUCAGGGGCAUUCAUUUAUUAAAUACACACACACACACGUGAAGAAUCAGCCAAUCACAGGAGGCGUGGACAUGCCAAUUUAAAUAUGUACAGAUGGGAGCGUGUGACUGCGUGAAGCGGUUUACCCUGACCGACUCUGUGUGUGUGUGUGUGUGUGUGUGUGUGUGUGUGUGUGUGUGUGAUCAGACUGUAAACUGCUGUAACCUGAGGGGGAGGGACUAUGUCUGAUCGUGUGUCUCUGUCCUGUGCUCUGAUUGGUCGGCCGUGGAUCAGAGCUCAGGUGUGUUCAUGUUUGUCCGCGGGUGCUGGUGUGUUUCCCCCCGAACGCUGCUGCCAUCUCUGCGUCCAGCUGCUCGAACUCAGACUGCAGCUGCAGAGACACACACACACACACACACACACACACACACACACACACACGAGCGUCGGGAUACUGCACUGAUCAGCAGGCUGUUACGGUCACAUGACCCUGAGUGUUUUAAUGUGUCCAAUAAACUGAAUAAUGAUGAUGUGUGCUGACACA